UUUUAUCAGCGCAAGGUGAUCGAAGUCUUCGUUCUGUGCAACAGCGUGUUUGCAGCGUACGUUUUGCUACAAAAAUAAUACAACUUGGUAACGUCUGUUUUUGGCCUCGACAUGGUGAAGUUAUCUGCGGAGCUAAUUGAGCAAGCCGCUCAAUAUACCAACCCCGUGAGAGACAGAGAGUUGGAUUUACGAGGUUAUAAAAUCCCAGUGCUUGAAAAUCUUGGCGCUACUCUGGACCAGUUUGACACUAUUGACUUGUCUGAUAAUGAAGUCAGAAAACUGGAAGGCUUCCCUCUGCUCAAAAGACUGAGAACAUUGUUAAUGAACAACAACAGGAUUUGUCGCAUAGGUGAGACUCUGGAGCAAUCUCUGCCGAGUUUGACAGAACUGGUUCUCACAAACAACAACAUUCAGGAGCUGGGUGACUUGGACCCACUGGCCUCAGUGAAGACAUUGACCCUUCUCAGCUUGUUAAGGAAUCCUGUGACAAACAAGAAGCAUUACAGGCUCUAUGUCAUCAACAAAAUCCCACAGAUCCGUGUGCUUGACUUCCAGAAAGUAAAGCUCAAGGAACGGCAGGAGGCGGAGAAAAUGUUCAAGGGCAAACGAGGUGCUCAACUUGCAAAGGAUAUUGCCAGGCGAACGAAAACAUUCACUCCUGGAGUGGCAGCACAGCUGGAGAAGAAGAGGACAGGGCCGUCUCAAGCUGAUGUGGACGCCAUCAAGAAUGCCAUCGCUAAUGCUUCAUCAUUGGCAGAAGUGGAGAGGUUGAAAGGGAUGCUGCAGGCCGGUCAGAUCCCAGGCCGAGAUCUCAGACAAGGUCAAGGUGGGAUGGUGGAGGAGGAAGAGGGUGAUACUGCACAGAUGGAGCCACAUUUGGGUGGAGGCACUGGAGAGGAGAUGAAUGAAGGAGAGAAAAUGGAGGAUGAUGAAGACAUGGAUGUCGAGCCACAUGUUAAUGGCCCCUGAAAGCAUUUUUGUUUUUCCCCAUGUUGUAGAUUUCUUGUGUUGGACAUACAUUUACCCGGGCUGUUUUAUUUUAUAAAACAACAUACAUUAAACUGAUUUCUUAUA